AUGAUGAUGAACGCGUUCAUGGACAGUGGGUCGUCGGCGCACCAUUCGCACCUGGCCACGUUCGGGAUCAAGAUGUCGCCGGACCAUCACCUGGAGCAGAGCAGCGAGAUUGAGUCGUCCAGUUCGGCGGCUUCGGCCUCGCUGGCGGCCGUGGCCGCCGCGGCCAGUAUGCUUCCGCCCGGGUCAUCCGGGGCGACGACCGGCGGAAACGCCAGUGACGCCAUGUUUUACCACCAUCACCACCACCAUCCGCAGCAGCAGCAGCAUCAGCAGCAGGGCAGCCCUUCGAACGUUCCGAGUGGUUCCGGUGCGUCGGGAAGCGGGUCCAGUGGGGCCACCGGCUCCACCGGUUCCACGUCCGCCAGUUCCUAUAAUGCCGCCCACCACCUAUCGCCCCCGUCGCACAUGGCCAGCCACAUGGCCAGUCCGUACGCGUCCCGGGACGCGUUCCUGUCGCUGAAGCGCGACAACGAUUAUGUGGCGGCGGCAGCGGUGGCCGCCGAUCCUUCGUCCCUGUUCCACGCGCACGAGAAUCCGAUGGCCGCGGCCAUCGGGCACCAUCAUCCGUUCCACGCGGGCUCGAUGCGGGCGAUGGCGGGGCUGGCGUCGGCCGGGGACUACCCCCACCCGUACCACGCGGCCGCCCAUGCCGCGCACCACGCGCACCACGCGGCCCACCACCAGAGUAACUACGCGUCGGCCAUGCACCACCACCACCAGCACCACCCGCUGGCCAACCUGCCCGUGAAUCCGGGCACUUCCGGCGCCUUCUUCCGGUACAUGCGCCACCCGCCCGCCAUCAAGCAGGAGAUGCAGUGCCUGUGGGUCGAACCGGAACUGCCGCCGCACCACCACCACCAUCCGCAUCACCCGCACCAUCACCACCACCAUCACCAUCUGGGGCUGGGGUUAACGGCCCUGGCCCUGGGCGGUGGCCCGGGCGGUGGUCCGGGCGGUGGCCCGGGCGGUGACGGCGGAAGUCGCAAGACGUGCAACAAAAUCUUCAGCUCGAUGCAGGAGAUCGUGACGCACCUGACGGUGGACCACGUCGGGGGGCCGGAGUGCACGACGCACGCCUGCUUCUGGCUCGGGUGCACCCGGAACGGGCGGCCGUUCAAGGCGAAGUACAAGCUGGUCAACCACAUCCGGGUGCACACGGGCGAGAAACCGUUCCCGUGCCCGUUCCCGGCCUGCGGCAAGGUCUUUGCCCGCUCGGAGAACCUCAAGAUCCACAAGCGGACCCACACCGGUGAGAAGCCGUUCAAGUGCGAGCACGAGGGAUGCGACCGGCGGUUCGCCAAUUCAUCCGAUCGCAAGAAACAUUCACACGUCCAUACAUCCGAUAAGCCGUAUAACUGUCGUGUUAAUGGUUGUGAUAAAUCGUACACUCAUCCAUCAUCGCUGAGGAAACACAUGAAGGUCCACGGAAGCUUGGGAGAGAAGUCACCAUCGCACAACUACGACAGCGACGACGAGGAGUCCAGCUCGGAGAGCGUCAUCCUGGGCGGAACCGAGUCGCCGCCUGCCAUCGGCCGGCUACACGACUCCGGCCAUGGGUCGAGCAAGCUGAGCGGCGGUUCCGGAGCCGCCGCCUCGGACUCGAUCCACGCCAGCAGCAACAACAACAACAACAGUAGCAGUAGCAACAACAACAACACUGCGGGCAGCAGCAACGCGAGUAGUCAGAGCGCCGGCAACAACAGCACCUCGAAGUCGUCGUCCAGUUCCAGCUCCAGCCACCAGCUCCUGUCGCCGGUCGGUGCCAGCGGUGCCGGCGGUGGUGGAACGACCACCUCGUCCAGCUCCCACCUGAGCCAGCAAAGUCAGGGACACGGGCACCACCAGCACCAGCACCAUCUGGCGGCGUCGCUGCAGAACCACGCGACGAGCCUGGCCCCGCCGCCACCGCAGCUGCCGCUCACGCCGGCCUCGUCCGUGUCGCCGCAGGCGACGACCCCGUCGACGAUGCUGGUCGGCCACCACCACAACCCCCACCACCUGCUGUACCACCACCCGCAGCACCAGCCCCACGAGUGGUACUCGCCGACGCCACCGGCCGGCCCGGACACGAUGAAUCACCUGAACCACUUCAGCCACCACCAUCACCACCACCUGGUGCACCACGGGCCCACGACGGCCUAUUGA